GCCUGCCCAGACAGCGGCCUCAAUGCCUGGGAUGAGCGCGGGACGGCGGUGGUACGCGCGAGAGCUUGGCUGGGCCACGUAGCGGAGCUGAGGACGCCGGUGCGUAGGUUUCUCCGCAACAGAACACAUCAACAUAUAACACACCUCAUUUUGCACGAAAGACAACUGGCGGUGCGCUUUUAUAAAUGCACAUUCGCAAAUGUAAAGAGAGAGUGAGCGAGAGAAGUGCGCGUGCAGCCCCGAAUCUGUGCAACUCUGAUUGCACUAACGCAAGAGGGAGGUCGCCCUCGACGGAGGUAAUGCGCUGUAAAUGGCUCUUCAAGCAAGAAACAGAAGACUUUGCAGCAGUUCCAUGUCUGGCAUUCAGCUUGUCCUUACCUGCUCUGCAGUUUGAAGACACUGGCACCCUGCAGGGCAGCAGCCUUCAGAAAAACUGAGUUGGAAGCAGCCUACUGCUCACAUAAUAGCUCAAGAGGAAUUAAGCUUCAGAUGUUCUGCAUCAAAGACUCGGAUCCUUUGUUUUUUUAGUCUCAUUUUUAAGCUAAUGGAACAAACCUUGGAAGAGAUUGUAUGUCUUUCCAACUUUUUCUACCUUGGGCAACAUGGAUGCUCUCUUUGAAUCAGGUUGACUGUUUCUCACUUCAUCCCCUUCUUCCUGUUUCUUCAGUCAAAGGAGGGUGGGGGAUUGGUGCAGAGCCCCUCGCCCCUCCGUGGACAGUAGGUUAGUCUAGUCUAACUAGGCACCACAACAGUUACACUUUAUUACUGCCUGUGUCUCGCAAGCUUGUUCAUCCAUUCCCUCUUCAUGAAAUCCUGCCAGAACCUCAAGGAAGAGGUUUCCGUCCCUAUCCUUGGCGGGAUGUCACAGGAGGAAGGACGUAGGGCGCAGGUGUCGGGGUCCUAUUAUCAUUCCCCCAACCCAGAUCUGGACCUGACAGGCAAGCUUUUUAAGAGAGAUGUUGGUGGCAAGCCUUAUUCGGUGCUGGUAGACAAUAAAAUGGCAGCCAAAACAUCCAUGGCAGAACAGAACGUUGGUCAGGUUCCCACUCCACAUGUGACCCCCCAGCAACAUCAUCAGUAUUUUAGGGAGGGAGGAUCUGGGCAGGAGGUCGGAACGCAGGCAUCUCAGGCUGGCAAUGAUGGAAGCACUGAUGACACUGAAGAUGAUGAAGAUGAGGAAGAAGAGGUUGAAGAGGAGGACGGCGAGGAGGGUUUCAAGCGAGAGCAGAUCAUUGUCGAGGUCAACCUGAACAACCAGACUCUCCAUGUUUCCAAGGGGGACAGCAAAACUGGAACCACAGCAGAUGACUCAGAACGGGCUGGCAGUGAUGAUGAAGAUGAUGAAGAGGAAGAGGAGGAUGAGGAAGAAGAGGAUGAAGAGGAGGAGGAUAGCCCUGAUGAAGAAGAUGAGGAAGACGAUGAGGAUGAAGAGACUGAAAGUCGGAGAACAAGGUCUAAAAGAGCCCGUCGAAGUGCAGGUAGUACAGCAGACUCCAGUCCACCACGGAGAAAAAGUCUCAGAACAGCUUUGAGCUCUGCCGCAGCCGGAAUGACCACCAGGGGGCGACGGAAGCGCAUGGAGACCCCAAAGAGUAAACGCAGAUCAGCCAGGUCAGCCCCCUCCGCCGGAUCCAUGACGACAACUGUGGGAGGAAAACCAGAGGUGGAGGAGAAAGAGAUGCUGGCGUGUGAAAAGUGCCCCCGAGUGUUCAACACCCGCUGGUACCUGGAGAAGCACAUGAAUGUCACCCACAGGCGGAUGCAGAUCUGUGACAAAUGUGGCAAAAAGUUUGUCCUGGAGAGUGAGCUGGCGUUACACCAGCAGACUGACUGUGAGAAGAACAUCCAGUGUGUUUCCUGCAACAAAUCUUUUAAGAAGCUGUGGUCACUGCAUGAGCACAUUAAGAUUGUGCACGGCUAUGCAGAAAAGAAGUUCUCAUGUGAAAUCUGUGAGAAGAAGUUUUAUACUAUGGCUCAUGUCCGUAAGCACAUGGUUGCUCACACUAAGGACAUGCCAUUUACCUGCGAGACAUGUGGGAAGUCGUUUAAGCGCAGCAUGUCUUUAAAAGUCCACUCACUCCAGCAUUCUGGAGAGAAACCAUUUCGUUGUGAGAACUGUGACGAGCGUUUCCAAUACAAGUACCAGCUGCGCUCCCACAUGAGCAUUCACAUCGGUCACAAGCAGUUCAUGUGCCAAUGGUGCGGCAAAGACUUCAACAUGAAACAGUAUUUCGAUGAGCACAUGAAAACGCACACAGGAGAGAAGCCUUUCAUUUGCGAGAUCUGUGGGAAGAGCUUCACCAGCCGACCCAACAUGAAACGCCACCGUCGCACCCACACCGGGGAGAAGCCUUACCCCUGUGAGGUGUGUGGCCAGCGCUUCCGCUUCUCCAACAUGCUCAAAGCACACAAAGAGAAGUGUUUCCGGGUCACCAGCCCCGUGGUGCUGCAGACCAGCGGCCCACCCGUGCCUGUCCGUAUCUUUGCCAACACCUUCUCCUCCUCCUCUGGCCCUGGGCCCUCAGCCGCCACCCCAGCCACCACCUCGGCGUCCCUGGGCCUCAGCCCCUCCGCAGGGCCCAUGGCUCAGAGAGGUCCCGUGGGGCACACCUUCUCCCAUGUGCCGCUCCACUCAAGCCCUACUCACCAUCACCCCCACCCUCCUACAACCCAGCAGCACCUGUCAAACGCACCCCAACACGCCCAGCCUCACCACCACCUGGCCGUGCCACCAGUCUCCCACCUGCCCCCUCCGCCAGCCCUUUUCAAGAGUGAGCCCAUAAACCACUGCGGGCACGAGGACAGCAGUUACUUACAUCACAUGGCCCCGUCUGACAAAGGCCCCGGAGCCUCACAACACCACUGAACAAUCCUCCAGAUCUGCAGGCCCACACCAAACUACGCCUUGUCUCUCCUCCUUUCAUAGUCCUGCCUCAGUCUCUCGGUUGCUGCACCCUAAUGUAAGGGUGCUCCUCUCAAAACCAUUCAAACUAGACAUACGCAACUGUGUAUGUGGGAAUGACUGAUUCACCCGGGGUGCACACAGUUAAUAGAAUAGGAACCCUUAAAAAUCCUGUCAACUGACAAAAGAUUUUAUAACCUCUAGAUUUUUCUUAGGAAAUCUACUCGACGAUUUCUGUGUAAGUUAUCUCUCUGUACAUUAAUUGGUGUAAAGUAUCUCGAUUUCAUCAAACGCUGCUGAUGGAAGUGAACAUGCGUAUUAACCGGGCUUCAUGGAUCACCACAGACCAGUGUCAUUGAACUUUUCCUCUUCAUGUUAAGUUGACUUACGGUUGCACACCGGCAAGGACUUUAGCUUUACGUGCAGGUCCUCCCCUUAGCAAUACUCAGCCUUUCCUCCGAGUCAUACUGCGGAACCUCGGGCCACACAGAAAUGUCUAAUGAAUGUUUUAACCGGUUCUACCUGGACCAUUCUCUGUCGUUCUGUGAGAAGGGCAACAGCAGUAGAGCGAGAUGCAGUGCCACAGGUUAAAGAAAGGAGGGGAGGAGGUUUUGUAAAGGACAUUGGUAAAAGGUUUUGUAAAAGCUUAGGUGAAUCUUAGCAGUCUGAGAUUCACAUCAUGGUUUAAUGGUGCUUUCCAUUCCAGUACGUGAAAAAAAAUUAUCUUAAGUUUGCUUUUUCCAUUUGACUUUCAGAAGUGUAAUACUACAAAAUAACAAUGUAUUGUGUCAGAAUAUGUCUAGCCAGCCUGGGUUUUCUACAAAGGAUUUGAGCUUUGAGUAGAUAUUUUGUGAUUAAGAAAACCAAGUUAUGCAGGAUAUGCCCGAUGCACACAAACCUUAACAAUUACUCAAGCACACACACAUAUGAUAAAGACCACACGGCCACUGAUGUACUUAUGUGAUCAGUGCAACCUCAGCUUUCAGUACUGUUGGUCAACACAUGCUUCUAGAUAACGGACGACUGUCUAAUACUGCCACUGUGAGAGGCCAGACACACGGCCUCAUCAGGAUUUACCCAACCUCCCUUCGCUGCUGUCGAAAUGAUACGGGUUACCAUGUUAAAGGUCAUUUGACACACACAGUAUACACACCUGGGACCUUUUUUCAUCACAGUACUUAAACCGGCAAUUAUGCAUAUUCCUCUCAGCCUAUAUUCCACGGUUUGGUGUGGGGCGUUGUUGUAAUGUAACGGUUCGUUUUUGAUUUUCUUCAUACUGACAUCCACACAAGCAAAAUGCGUGUCUAAACCUAUUGAAUGUUGCCUACGCAGAAUGAUGGCUGAUGAGUCAUUCAUUUUUACUUUUUUUUUUUCUCCUUUUCUGGUAAUUUGCUCUUCUCGGUUUUAAGCUAAUGAAUAGUUUAGAUAUACUGUUAUUAGCACAUGCUAGGAAAUGUCAGGACAAAAAGGCAGUAGUCGUACAACUUGUAACACUUGGAAUUUUUGUAUAGUUAAGCAAACGUGAUCAAGUCAGCGUAAGAAAUUACAUUUAUAAAUGUAAUAGCCGAUGGUGUGAAUGUUAUUUUGCUUGAUAGAAGCAGAAAUGGUUGGCAUUGAACUCUGGUUCCUCUGCGUUAAACCUUUCAUCCAGUCCGACGGUCAUCUGAUUUGAGGUUUUGUGCGAGUGUGACUGUGUGCAUGCAUUAGUCGCUACCCGUCUGUCUUUUUGUCUGUCUUUCUGUCUGGUUGUCCCCAGUGCUCUUGUACCAAAAGCUGCUUUUACACAGUGUGCCCCAAUAGAUGUGUAUUCGGGGAUACCUGCGACGGAAAAUAGCAGUAAAUUUAACAUGACCCUCUUUCCACCACAAUAAUGGUAUUCAGUCUGGAGUAGUUAAUAUCUGUAGUUUAGAAUGUCCCUGUUUUUUAUUUGAGACCCGCAAUUAUCCUGCCAUUUCUGCGGGUCUUCAAACCGCUGCAUUAUUCGCUUAUCAUCCCCCUCCCUCCCCUUCCUCCCCUUCCUCUCCAGGUUCACUGCUUUGCUUCAGCAUUUUGCAGGACGGCUCUUUCUUUGUACUUUUUUUUUAAAAAGCCUUUUCAUUUGUGUGUAUUCUCUGCACUUUACUGCUGCGUGGGUGAGGCGCAGGGAAGGGAGGGACUGACAAUGCAUUGUGGAACCAAGUGCAGUUGCGGCUGCAUGGAAAAGGGUGGAGGUGAUUACUUCGAGUGGAUGUUUUUAGGCAAGGAAAGGAGGAGAAUUCCGGGUGGAGGCUGGUAGUGUGGAAGGGACCAUUGCAAACGAAGGACAUUUCUUUUUUAGCGUGUAUAAUUUUAAUUCCUGACAUACACUUUUUUUUUUUUUCCUUCAAUUCGGACCUCCCUUCAAAGUAAAAGCGAUGUUCCUCCUGCUUUGGCGACUUGACACUAUCCCCUCCAAACUCUGUCUGAAAUGCAUUCUUCUGUUGUGUUCAAUUUUUCUGUCAUGUCCUGUUUUGUCUUUCAGUUUGCCUAUGAUACUCCUCCUCCUUUCUUUGUUACAUAGAAUGCACUUUUUACUAAAAUUCUUGGCUAGUUAAGAAAAAAAAAAAUAACAUUGUAUAUUCUUUAAAGAUGUUUUAAAAAAAAAAAAAAUCAAUAUACUUUUCCCCUUUGUAUUUUUAACCACUUAAUGUAGCAUUGCGUAUUUUAUUAUUGUAUCUGGUACAAAAUGUGCAGCUUUAUAAUGUCCUGGUUUGUCUUUUUUUGUAUGUUAUCUGGAGAUUGAGGAGAAGUGAAAAAGUUGGGCCUUUUUUUGAUAAUGUACAUUUAACUGACUGCUAACUUUGAGAAGUAAAACAAGUAGCCAUUAUUAUCAUA